AGGGCCAGCGAUAGGGUGAUCAUCGAGACGUUCAGUAACUCUUACAGCCGUUUGUAUGCCUUAUAUGCCACCGAAAACUUGGCCGACGUUUGGACAGACAUUACGGAGACUCUAAAAAAAGUGGACAAACUCUUGGCUAAGAGGAGGGGCAACGAGAAGUUUUUGUCCGGUGCCUCAUUACCAGGGUUGGUAGACUACGCCGUAUGGCCAUUCAUUGAGCGCAUACCCCAGUUC